AUGAAUGACGAAUCAGCACCAACUGAAUUAUCUGGUAUUCAGAUGCAAAUGAAUCAAACAACGAAUGAAUCACUUGAAGCUACUCGGCGUAUGCUUGGUCUUUGCGAAGAGAGCAAAGAAGCCGGAAUACGCACAUUGGUUAUGCUUGAUGAACAAGGAGAACAACUCGAUGCUAUCGAUUCCGGAAUGGAUCGAAUCAACGCUGAAAUGCGCGAUGCAGAGAAGAACUUGGAGGGUUUGGAGAAAUGUUGCGGUCUAUGCGUUCUUCCUUGGAAACGAACAAAAAAUGUCGAAAAGAGUGCAGCAUAUAGUAAAACGUUCAAGGGAAACGAUGAUGGUAAAGUUAACUCUUCGGGUCCACGGCAAAUUGUAGCACAGAAUGGUAUGGGUCCCGGGUCAGGCUACAUUCAAAGAAUCACAAAUGACGCACGUGAAGACGAAAUGGAGGAAAAUCUUCAGCAAGUCAGCACAAUGAUUGGAAACUUAAGAAAUAUGGCGUGCGAUAUGGGAAAUGAAAUAGCUAAUCAAAAUAAUCAAAUUGAUCGUAUCAAGGCUAAAACUGAUAUUAGUCAAAUGCGUCUUGAAGGAGCUAACAAACGCGCGAAAACACUACUAAAAAAUUAG